GGUAGAUCGCUGAAUUGUCAUGUUCUGCUACUUUACUAUUAUACAUCAGUUUUAGAUUGUUAUGGAAAACGUAUCCGUGUUUUAUGAUUAUUGUUGUCUGGUCCUUAAUAUUUUUGAAGAGAAGACUGAAGUGACUUAGCUAAAAGGGUGCCAAAAAAAUAGAAUUUGGUUGCAUGUAGGCUGCAGAUUUCAUGGCUGGAUCACUUUAAAAUGCAGAAUAAAAAACAACAGGUCACAUUAUCUAAAUUCUUUGCUUUAAAGGAAAAAUCAAGAGGAGAAAAUAGUUUCAACACUGAUGAAGAAAUAAGAGUCAAGAGUAAGAAAAAUUCGAAACGAAAAGCAGUAAUCGAUGAUGCCAAUAAUCCUUCAACAUCCAAUAAAAAAUCGAAAACUAGUUCACAAAAUGGAAAUUCAGUGAAUGAAGCCAUUAAUGUUGAUGAUCAUCAUGGUGAGAAAUAUUCAGCAAAUUCUUCCCAGUGUACAGGAGCUUUGUCUGGUGCUACUUUACAGAAGCUGCACCAGUUUUCAUCAGAAUUGAAUAAUGAUGGCAUUCGUGAAAUAAGGACACCAAGAAAUGUUCAUGACAUUGAUAGUUUGGCAGUUGUUGAUGAGACAAAAAACAGCAGUGAUGAUACGGAUGUGGAAAUAACUGCAUCAACAAGUGGAACAUCUCAUUCUAGAUUAAAUCAGUUUUCAAAUUCCAAGUCCAAGAAUUCCUGCUUUAUUAAGAAAUCUAAGUAUACACCAUUAGAAUUACAAUAUAUGCAGAUAAAAGAACAAUAUGAAGAUGCUGUUUUAUUUGUGGAAUGUGGUUAUAAAUAUAGAUUCUUUGGUGAAGAUGCAGAAAUUGCAGCUAAAGUUUUGAAAAUAUAUUGUCACAUGGAUCAUAAUUUUAUGACGGCAAGUAUUCCUACUCACAGAUUAUUUGUACACGUACGAAGAUUAGUUACUGCUGGUUAUAAGGUUGGUGUAGUUAAACAGAUGGAAACAGCAGCAUUGAAAGCAGCAGGGGACAAUAGAAAUACUCCAUUUACACGUAAACUCUCGGCUCUAUAUACAAAAUCUACACUUAUUGGAGAAGAUGUGGAUCCUAUUUCUGACAUAGAUAACGAACAAAAAGAAGGACAGACAACACAUUUGAAACCUAAUAACUAUCUGAUGUGUAUUUAUGAUGGUAUCGAAGACAAUUCACCAACAAGAAAUAUAGCCAUUGUUGCUAUAGAUCCAGCUACUGGAGAUGUUGUGUAUGAUAGUUUUAUAGAUAGUGAGAUGAGAGGAGAGCUUGAGACUAGAAUAACUCAUAUUAAUCCUGUAGAAUUAUUACUACCUCAGACUUUAUCUACAUCAACUUACAGACUUAUAGAAGAUGUGGUGGCUUUAAGUUCAACAGAUGAUGAUAGAAUACGAAUAGAAAAAUUAAAUGAUGAGAAUUUUACACCAGAAAAAUCACAACAGAUAAUUCCAGAGUUCCUUAAAAAUGAUAAUCAAAGUAUCCUUCAAGAUAUUUUAAAUCUACCUAAAGCUGUUUUAUCUUGUAUAGCUGGUCUUAUUGUCUAUCUUCAAGAUUUUAAUCUUCAUAAUAUUCUAAAAAUAACUGGAAACAUCAACAGAUUUAGUAUUCGUUCGAAAUAUAUGCAGUUGAGUGGGACAACUUUACGUAAUUUAGAAGUUUUUGAGAACUCUUCAGAUCGUUCUGAGAAAGGUUGUUUGUUUUGGGUUUUGAACCAGACUGUGACUAGAUAUGGAAACAGGUUAUUGAGAAACUGGAUUUCCAAUCCAUUGUUAAGUAUGGAUGAAAUAGAGAAAAGACAAGAAGCUGUUCACCAUAUUUUAUGUUCAUCACACCAAAAGUUAGAGAGAAUAAAAACUAUUUUAAGUAAAUCACCAGAUCUAGAGAAAGCUCUUUGUUCUAUAUACCAUAAGAAGUGUUCUGUGUUAGAAUUUUAUACAGUUAUUAAGAGUUUAGAUAAGAUAAACAGAGAGAUUAAAACCUUACAAAUAGAUGAGAGUAUAUUUAAAGAAUCCAGAUUAUUAUUAACUAUUAUAGAGGAUAUUCCUGAUUUAUUACAAGAUAUCGGGGAUUAUAGUCAAGCUAUUAAUGAACAGUCAGCAAAGGAAAAUGAUAAAACUAAUCUGUUCAAUAAAGAAGAUGAAUUUCCUGAGAUCGUUAAAAGAAAACAAGAAAUAAAUGAGGUUUUAAAAGAGAUUAAAGACCAUCGGAGAGAUAUCAGAGUGAAACUAAAACAGCCGUCAUUAGAAUAUGUUACAGUUUCACAAAUAGAGUUUUUAAUAGAAGUAAAGAAUAGUUUAAUAAAAGAUGUUCCUAGUGAUUGGAGUACAAUAAGCAGUACAAAAGCUGUAACGAGGUUUCAUUCACCUUUCAUUGUUUCUAAAACUCAAAAAUUGAGUCAGUUGAAAGAACAACUUAUAGCUGAUGCCAAUCAAGCAUGGCAAGAUUUCCUAGAACAAUUUGUUACUAACUUUGUGCGUUAUAGAAAGGCUAUUCAGUAUCUAGCAACUUUAGAUUGUUUAUUAUCACUAGCAACUGUUGCUAAGCAAGAUGGUUACUGCAGACCAAAGUUUGUAAAGGAUUGUGAAUGUAUUGAAAUAGAAGAAGGUCGUCACCCUGUAAUUACAUCACUAUUAACAGGUCAACAACAGUAUGUUCCUAAUAAUACACAUUUAAAGGAUGAAAGAGUAAUGAUAAUAACAGGUCCUAAUAUGGGUGGUAAAAGUUCUUAUAUACGUCAAGUAGGAUUAUUAUGUAUAAUGGCUCAGAUAGGAUCAUAUAUACCUGCUGAUAGUGCCCACUUAUCUAUAAUAGAUGCUAUAUAUACCAGAAUGGGAGCUGCUGAUGAGAUAUUUAAAGGUAGAAGUACAUUUAUGGUAGAAUUACAAGAGGCAUCCUAUAUAAUGAAAGAAGCUACGAGUAAAAGUUUGGUUAUAUUAGAUGAAUUAGGACGAGGUACUAGUACACAUGAUGGUCUGGCUAUUGCUCAUGCUGCUUUACAGUAUUUCAUCAAUGAUGUGAAAUGUUUUACUUUGUUUGUUACUCAUUAUCCAUCAUUAGGUGGAUUAGAGUUGUCUUAUCCUAGUGUUGUAGGAAACUACCACAUGUCAUUUUUACUACAUGAUCAAGAAAAAAGUGAAGAUGAAGAAAGUAUAACAUUUCUAUAUCAACUAGUAAAAGGUCAAGCUGGCAAAAGUUAUGGUUUAAAUGUAGCCAGAUUAGCAGAUAUUCAAUCAUCUAUUAUCAAAUUAGCACAUUAUCAAUCUCAUCAUAUGGAAGCUAAUCUUAUUAAUACAAGGCAUGAAAUGGACAUGUUUUCUGACAUUGUGAACAGUGAUAGCAAGAAUUUAUCAAAUAUUCUUCAAAAAGUGGCCAAUGAUGACAAGGGAACUGUUAUAUAAAUCUUAUUAAAGCAAUAUCAAUGUGUAUCUUCUAUCUAUCAAAUACGUCCAAGUAAUAGGCAUUGUUAUUCCUAUCACAUCUAUCAAAUAAGUACAAGUGAUCAGCCACUUGAAUUUAAAUCUAUCACAUCUAUCAAAUAAGUACAAGUGAUUAGACACAUGAACUUACAUCUAUCAAACAAAUACAAGUGAUUAGCCACUCAACUUAAAUCCAUCACAUCUAUCAAAUAAGUACAAGUUACUAGACCAUGGAAACUUAAAUCUGUCACAUCUAUCAAAUAAGUACAAGUGACCACUAGAUAAUGGAAACUUAAAUCUAUCAAAUAAGUACAAGUGAUUAGACACAGGAACUUAAAUCUAUCACAUCUAUCAAAAAAGGAGAAAUGAUUAGUCAUUGAAACUUCUGUCACAUCUAUCAAAUAAGCACUAGUGAUUAGCCAUGGAACUUAAAUUCUAUCAAACAAGUGCCAGUAAUUAGCCAGUGGAAAUUAAUUAAUUAAAAGUAUUUGUGAUUUAUUGUUGUGUGUGCAUUCUACAAUAUGAUAAUCAUUCCAGAAUAUAAUUUACAUGAACUUGAUUAUUUUGAUAUUGAUCAGAUCAUGUAUUUUUUAAAUAAACAAUACGGUUUG